AUGUCAUCGAAGCCUUCAUCAUCAUCGUCAUCACCAUCAACAACAAGUGAAGGAGGUAUCCGACUCUUCUCUCAAAAUGAGAGUAAAGCUUGGGCUGAAAAGUUCUUUUUAAUUUACGGACCAAUUUGGAUGUCAUACUUUUUCUAUUUAAUUUACUUUGAAAUUUAUGAUAAUGCAUCAAGAAUGGAAUGGACAAUGUAUGGUGUAAUUAUGGCUACUCCAUGUUUCUUAUAUCCAUUAUUAUUCCCUGGUAAGGCUGAUCGUAAUCUUCCGAUUACUGAAAGAUAUUGGUUCAAGGCUAAUAUUUGGGUUUUCAUCUUUAAUUUUGUUGGAAAUUACUUUUGGACUCAUUACUUUUAUAAUCUUUUAGGUGCAACAUAUACUAUGGAUACUCAUCGUAUUAAUGAUGUUCCAUAUUUGAUGUUUUUAUGUACUCAAGCUUAUUUCACUUUCUAUUUCUCAUUGAGUAAUGUUCUUUUGAGAAUUAUUUAUACUGCAUGGAGAAAUCCAUCAACUUCUAGAAGCAUUUUCAUUUGUCUUUUCAUUUUGGCUUUCUCUUACUUUACUGCUUUUAUGGAAACUUAUACCAUUCAAUAUUUCAAGUAUUACACUUUCAAGAAUAGAGAUAUGAUGUACAAAGUUGGUUCAAUUGUCUAUGGUAUUUACUUUAUUGUUGGUUUCCCAAUGUAUUAUAGAAUGGAUGAAGAGGAAACAAAGAAAAAGUUCUCAACUUUCAAAUGUUGUGUUGAAAGUUUGGGCGCAUGCAUGUUAGUUACAAUUUUGCUUGAUUUUUGGAGAUUGUUUGUUGGUGGUAUUGUUGAAAAUGUUCCUCAAUGCGUUCCAUGGAUGUAAAAUUAGUGUGGAAUUAAAUCAAUUUAUUUAUU